CAAUUUUAUAUGAUUAUAUAAGUAAAUUAGUUUAAUACGUUUGAACAAUGAUUUGAUAUUCAUAAAAAGAAAGCAAAGAUUAGAAAUUAGAAUAUACACCAAAUUAAGAAAGCGUUUAUGGAAGAGAGAAGGAAAUGGUGUGCACGAUACCUAAUCGCCUCUUCGUUUCCGUGAAACUUCCACGAAUGAGAGAGAAAUCGAGAGAGACGAUCCAUCCAUCCAUCUCCCCAACAAUAAUGGUAGCAUUGAUUAAACAGAAUCCCAUCUGAACAGUGCUUUCUAAGUCGGCGCCAUGUUUCAACCUACGAACUUUCCUUCUUCACACAUUUUCAUUCAUUUAUAUAUAUAUAUAUAAAUCACACCCAUCAAUCUCAUUUAAUCACCACACACAAUCGCAAUUAUAAAAUGGAUAAGAAGAAGAGAGAAGGCAAUUUUAAUGGCGUGGUGUUCGAGGAUCAUUUUCCGGCGAUGGUGGAGAAGCUUGGGGCGGAGGGGUUCAUGGAUGAGCUGUGCAAAGGGUUUGAGCUGCUCAUGGAUUCCCGCAAACAGAUGAUCACAUUCACCAGCUUGAAGAACAAUGCUGCGGCGCUGGGAUUUGAAGAUGACGAUGAGCUGCUGCGCUCUAUGUUGGAGGAGGGAGAUUUGGACGGCGAUGGGUGUCUCGAUCAGAUGGAAUUUUGUGUUUUGAUGCUGAGAUUAAGCCCCAAUCUCAUGGAUCAUGCUGCCGAUAUCUUGUUUCAUGACUUCGAUUAGCUUAAUUACCUCACAUUUUGUAUCUGGAUCUCUCAUCUGUGUAUAUUAUUUUUUUGAAACGAUUCACAUUUUGACGAGUA